AUGCUGCAAAUGAUCCAGUGUUUGGGAAAGAAGAAAAAUCUUCGAGAGCAGCUCGGUGUGGAAGGUCAACGUACGAAGUUGCAGCUUGGAACAAUGCUCGGUCGUAAUUUAGUGGACAGCACCAUUGUAGAAGAUCUGGUAGUGACCGAUACGAAAGACUUGAAUCCAGUUGAAAUAACAAGACUGUAUACAAGAACCGAGAUACCGCUAACAGACAGACAAAUCCCUAUACCUGGAAUGGUUCAACGGUGGCAGCAUCUUCACGAAAUUGCGAAGCUGAUUCCAGAGUUUCAACCAGAUCUCGAGAUUGGUUUGUUAAUCGGUAGCAAUUGCCCAGCAGCACUCGAGCCUUUAGAAGUCGUACCCAGUCGUGGUGAAGGUCCCUUCGCGAUGCGGCUUCGUCAUGGAUGGACUUUGAAUGGACCUUUGUCUAUAUCCAACACAUCACAAUCUGACAUCACGUGUCAUCGAAUUACUGUUCGUGAAACCAAUGAUACAGUUAAAGAAGUUAUUUUACCCGAGGCUAUUGGAAGAAUGUUUGAAUUAGACUUCAACGAUCAUAAAGUUGGUCCUGAUGAACGAAGCUUUUCCCAAGAAGAGAAGAAAUUUCUAACUAAGAUGGAUAAUGGCAUUCGUCUAACCAAGGGCCAUUAUGAGACACCCCUUCCAUUCAGAAAUCCAGAGAUGAUAUUGCCACUAACAGAAAUCAAGUAUUGA